AUGGCCGCCUUAGAACCAAGCCGUCAUCAAUCCCUCUCUUCCCCCGCCUCUGACGACGAUCGCCCUUCCCAAAUCGAGCAGUAUAGCGAAAAAGCCCCCUCACAGCAAGAAGGGACGUCGGCACCAGAUUUUGGUCCUCCGCCUGAUGGAGGGUUACAAGCCUGGCUAGUUGUUACUGGAGGCUUUUUCGCCGUGUUUGCUAGUUUCGGGUGGAUUAACUGUAUCGGCAUAUUCCAAGAUUACUACGAACAGAAUCAGCUUAAAUCGUAUUCCUCUAGCGAUGUAGCAUGGAUAUCGUCUAUCGAGUCAUUCAUGCUCUUUUUCUGGGGCCCAGUCGUUGGCUACAUGACAGAUAAUUACGGCCCUCGUAUUCCCAUCCUCAUCGGCUCGUUCCUCCAUGUCUUUGGUCUAAUGAUGACAUCCCUAUCGAAGAAGUAUUACCAGAUCAUUCUAUCUCAAAGUAUCUGUAGUGCAUUGGGCUGUUCAUUUCUCUUCUACGCGCCUAUCGCCGCUGCUGGAACAUGGUUCAAGCGUCACCGUGCGAUCGCCUUCGGAAUAAUCACCGCUGGAUCUAGUCUCGGUGGUGUCGUCCUCCCGAUCAUGGUGAAUAAGCUUGUCGUCCAAGUAGGCUUCGGUUGGGCGAUGCGAUCCGUGGCAUUCCUUUUCUUGGGACUGCUGGUCAUUGCCAACGUUACCAUCAAAUCGAGACUGCCACCCCCGCGAAGAAAGUUCGACAUCAAAGACUUCAUCACUCCUUUCAAGGAGAUGCCAUUCCUUCUUUUGACUGUCGCUGGAUUCAUGCUUUACCUUGGCUCCUUCUUGCCGUUCAACUUCAUCAUUGUCCAAGCGAAAGAGCUCGGUGUGUCGGAUAGCCUGGCUCAAUAUCUGGUAUCCAUCGUCAAUGCCGCUUCCACCUUUGGCCGUCUUGUUCCCGCAUAUUUCGGCGAUCGCAUCGGCGUCUUCAACGUCAUGAUCCCUUUGACCCUACUUGGAGGCAUCUUUACUCUCACAGUAUGGCUCACUGCACACUCCACAGCUUCGGUCAUUGCCUAUGCUGCUCUGUAUGGAUUCGCGUCUGGCUGCACUUUAUCUAUCGUACCGGCCAUGGUUGCCAGUUUCUCAGAUGUUCGCAGCAUAGGAACCCGCAACGGCGCACUCUACGGUGUGGCGGCUAUUGGUGUCCUUAUUGGAAGCCCAGUCGCCGGAGCGAUUGUCAGCGCAGAGAAUGGAAAUUUCUCAGGACUGAUAAUCUUUUGCGGUGUUACGAUUCUGGCCGGUGCCGUGUUUGCUAUCAUGUCGAGACAGGCGUUGACCGGGGGUCAGUGGGUGAAGAAAGUUUAG